GAGACAAGGAACGAUAUGAUGAGGAGGGUUCUUAUUGCUGAACAACAACAAAUGAAGCGGAUGGACCAAGUUCAAGGCUGGCUUUCAAGGGUACAAGUUGUGGAAAUUGAAGUUGGGGAACUGCUACAACUUAAAUAUCAAGAAGUUGAUAAAUAUUCGUGCAUUGGAGGAUACUGUUCCAAGAACUGUAAGUCAAGAUAUGAGUAUGGAGAAAAAGUGAUUAAAAUGCUGAAGGUUGCAGCCACUUUAAAGGUUGAAGGAGAUUUCAACGAGGUAGCUGAGAGAUUACCAGAAGAUCCUGUUGAUGAAAGACCUAUUGAACAGGCAAUAGUGGGUCUAGAAUCAACAUUUGAUAAGGUUUGGAGAUGUCUUGGAGAAGAAAGCGUCGGAAUUAUUGGCCUAUAUGGUAUGGGUGGGGUCGGUAAAACUACUCUACUAACCCAGAUCAACAAUAAGUUUCUGAACACAGAGAAUGAUUUUGAUGUUGUGAUAUGGGUAGUGGCGUCUAAAGACUUAAGAAUUGAGAGGAUUCAGGAAAAGAUCGGUAAAAGAAUAGGUCUUUCCGAAGACUAUUUAAGAAGUGAAAGUUUUGAAGAAAAAGCCUCUAAGAUAUUCAAGAUUAUGAGCAAGAAGAAGUUUGUAUUACUAUUGGAUGAUAUAUGGGAACGAGUUGAUUUGAAUAAAGUAGGUGUUCCUACUCCAAACCCAAAAAUGGCAUCCAAGAUAGUUUUUACAACUCGUAUAUUUGAUGUUUGUGGCUUCAUGGAUGCUCACAGAAAUUUUAAAGUUACAUGUUUGACAUAUGAAGAUUCUUGGAAGUUGUUUCAAUCAAAGGUCGGAAAAGAAACUCUCGACAGUCAUCCUGAUAUUCUUGAGCUAGCCGAAACUGUGGUCAAUGAAUGUGCUGGUCUGCCGCUUGCAUUAAUUACCAUUGGUCGAGCUAUGGCUAACAAGAAAACACCUGAAGAAUGGAGCUACGCUAUUCAAGUUUUAAGACGAUCUGCCUCUGAAUUUGCCAGGAUGGGAAAAGAAGUAUAUCCUCUUCUAAAGUUCAGUUAUGAUAGUUUGUCGAAUGAUACACUAAGAUCCUGUCUCUUGUAUUGUGCUUUAUUUCCUGAAGAUUAUAACAUUUUCAAAAGGGACUUGAUAGAUUAUUGGAUUGGUGAAGGAUUUUUGGAUGAAUAUGAUAAUUGGGCAGCACAAAACAAAGGGUACUACAUCAUUGGUGUUCUUCUUGAUGCAUGCUUAUUAGAAAAAAAAGACGAUGAUUAUGUAAAAAUGCAUGAUGUGAUUCGUGAUAUGGCUUUAUGGAUAGCAUGUGACAUCGAGAAGGAGAAGGAGAACUUCUUGGUUCAUGCAGGUGAGGGGUUAACUGAAGCAAAAACCAUUAUUGAAUGGGAAGGGAUAAAAAGGUUAUCAUUGAUGGAAAAUAAAAUUUCGCAUCUAUCUAAUGCUCCUAGAUGCCCUCAACUCCAAACUUUAUUUCUCAACAGAAAUAAGUUAGGCAGCAUCAGAAAUGAUUUUUUCGAAUUUAUGCCUUCACUUCGAGUUUUAAACCUAUCUCAUAACUGCUAUUUGUGGUCACUACCAACAGGAAUUUCAGCAUUAGUUUCACUUCAGUGUCUUGAUGUAUCAGGGACAGACAUAAAAUUAUUGCCGAUAGAAUUGAAGGCCUUGAAAAAUCUUAAAUGUUUGAACUUGGAGUACACACUUUUUCUGAAUAGAAUUCCACAGAAUCUGAUAUCAAAUUUUCCGAGGUUACAUGUAUUGAGGAUGUUCUCUUGUGGUUACUUGAGUCAAACUGCCGAAUUUUUGGUGGAGGAAUUGCGCUACCUGGAAAAUUUAAAUGUCCUGAGUAUUACCCUGAAAAGUUUUUGUGCUCUCCGAAGAUUUUUGGACUCUGAGAAGCUACAAUGUUGCACUCAAUCUCUCAGCCUCGAAGACUUUGACAAUUCAGAAGCACUUAAUGUUUUAUCUUUAGCAGAAAUGAAGCAUCUGGGUGCUCUUAAUAUUUACAGCUGUGCUCAUUUGGAAGAGUUGGCCAUUAACAAUGCUGAGCAAGCACAAGUUAUCCGUCAGAAUCAUGGCUUUCACCACCUUCGUAUGAUUCAUAUAGAGUCUUGUUUUAAAUUCAGGGAUUUGACGUGGCUUAUUUUUGCUCCAAAACUCGAGAUCAUUCACAUAUCAAGCUGCCAGGAGGUUGAAGAAACAAUCAGUGUUGCAAAAUUGUCUGCAGUUGAAGGUCUGGUGUCCAGAAAUCUAAACCCAUUUGCAAAAUUACAAUAUCUUACUUUAGAAGAUCUCAGAAAUUUGAGAAUUAUUUGUCAGAAGACCUUGUUCUUCCAAGAUUUGAAGGAAGCUAGAAUAAGUAAUUGCCCAAAGCUUAAGAAGCUUGCAUUUAUAUCCGAAAGCAUGAGGGAUUGUAAAAUUUUUGUUAAUGGAGAGAGGGACAGGGACGGCAAAUUGCUGCAGCUGGAGGACAAAGCCAUUAAAAAUCUGAACCUAAGUUUGCUGAAGCAGUUUUUUGUGUCCUCUUCUGUUUAA